AUGAAGAGUAAAGAGACCAAAAUAAAAGACGUGCUUCUUCUGAACGAACGUAUCUUCUCGAUAUGCGAUGCCUGGCCACUGAACAAUUCGUACAAAAAAUUCGUCGUGUACAUGACAUAUCUCUCCGUCCACAUGGUGAUGAUGAACUUGGACCUGUACGAUGUGAUGGGCAACUUGGAACUCAUGGUGGAGAACAUAUUAAGCAACACAGUCAUUACGACAACAUAUAUGAUGCUGUUUCUAUUACGAUUCAGUAAACUGAUUAAGAGUGCAAUCGCUAUGAUGAAACGCGAGCUCGCGGAGGAUGAUUUUCGUAAUAACGAGGAGAGACACCUGUAUCUAUUUUACAAUGUCAUCUCUAGCACUUAUGGGAAAUAUGUAGUGAAAUCGACGACUUUUAUGGUGGUGUUGCUGUAUUAUUUUGUUCCUCUGGCGAAACUGUUGAAAUCGAGCUCAGUACAGUGUCAUGCAUUAACAAUAUUUUCUGAUUCAAGACUGCGAAAAACCACUAAUCAAGACAUUUGA